UGCAGUUUGCGUGCGCUUUGUUUACCGGUCCUGGCCGGAGUGUUUUCAAAAUUUGCAAAACUUUGUAAAUUACUUAGUUUUACUUUUCUAGUUAGUUUUUAAAGUUAAUCUGAUGCAAUUUGUCACAUUAUCGGUUACAAACAGCAGUGUGAUUUGAACAAAAUGCCAACACAGAAAAAUAAGCUGAAAAAAUCCAAGCCGGAUCCCCCAGCAGCGCUGUUAGUAAAUCCGGUUCAAAUCAAGGCUGAACCACUCGAUAUAAAACCGCUGGGCGCUUUUGUGGACGAUCGGGUGGAAUUGAUCAGGCAAGCUUUCUCGUGCCUAAAGCCCAAAGAGGUGAAGUGUCUCGUUCCGGACUCUCUGCAAGGCAAAUCUAUCGAAUCUCUUCAGGAGCAAUGUCUAGAUGAGGUGCUCGGCAUAUCCACAAAGCGACUGUUGUCGAUCAUCAACAGCACCAAGUGUCCCACGGAUACGGAAUCGUCCUCGGACGAGGAUGAGAAGAUUGUGGAGCAUAUAUCCCUGGAUGAGAUUUCAUCGGAUUCUGAAGUGGAGAUGGCAAAACCAGCGGCAAAGAAAACUAAGUCUAAAGAUGUCAAAUCCAAGAAGGACAAGGAACCCGAUGUCAAACAAAACGAUAAGCCCAAGGAUAAGCCUAAUAAAAAUGGUGGCAAGAAAAGUGAAAAGGAAAUGACCGUUUUGGAACUCUUGGAGUUGCAAGCUCGUGCCAGAGCAAUUCGUUCCCAGUUAGCUUUGGAACCAGUUACGAAAAUUGAGCUAGAUUCUGACCAAGAUGGUGAAACUACUUCCGACACGGAAAAGACCACAAAAAAGCCAAACGACUCAAAGGCAAAGCCGGACAAUACCAACAGCACGAAACAGUCCAAGAAAUCACCUCCAAAAGAACAAUCCAAGCGAGUUCGAUUGAAACGAAAUUUCCGCAUCCGUCAGGUCGGAGAUGAAGAUCUACCCGAGGAACCAGCCCAAAAAUCUAGUCCGGAACAACGGACUGUGCGUAAAUCACGGAGCAAGUCAAAAGAGAAGGAACCCGAGCCGAAACCGUUGGUUGAUGAACCCGCAAAACCAAAGGAAGAAGCACAAGCCCCAAAAAGCAGAGAUAGCUCGCCGGAAGUUAUACCUGUGAUCCCAAGCCCGGAAACGCUAUGUAUAUCUUCCGAUUCUGAGGACGAAAAGGCUAAAAAAGCAAAAUCAUCCAUUUUCGUCGAUAAUAUUGAAGAGUUGGAAAAACAGCUUAAAGAGAAGCAAACUCCGGCUACUCCGAAAAAAUCAGAUCACAAAGACGAGCCAGAAGAAGGCGAACUGACAGAAGAGGACAAGUCUCCCCAACGUAACAGGAAGGAAUCCGUAAAAUCGAUUGGAGCAAACAGCGAACCGGCUGUAGUUGAGUCUCCUAAAAAGUUGACAAGCUUGGAGCAGGAAGAAGAACUAGAUUACGAAGUACGAGAAAUUUCAGAUUCAGAACCUGAAACAAGUAACCAAGCAAAGGAUGAUUCCACAAAAACCGAAGAAGCAGAAGAAAAGGUCCAACAAGCGGAUGGAAAUAACGAAAGUGAUGAAAGUGAACCGGAGAGCGAAAGUUCAGAAGAAGAAAUAAAACCUACAUCCUCUAGCGACGAUGACGAUGAUCAUGAUCCAGAUGUUGUGGAGAUACACGACUCCAGUGACGAAACAUUGCUGGAACAGAAACUGGCAGAAGACGAAACGGAAAAAUCGUGGGGUUCGCGUUGGCUGGAGAGUAAGCGGGUGGCAAAGGUGAUGGCUGCCUCCCGGUUGGGCAAUAAAGUGCGCGAUAAACUCAAAAAGAAGAAACAAAAGGAACAACAAGAGCAACAGGAGCUUGAGAAGGAAGCCGAGAAGGCGGAAUCUCCGGAACCACCGAAAGAACCAGAGCUACCAUCGAAUGUUGAAGAGGGUUCAGUCGAGCAUUACAAGGAAUUGGUGGCAAAGGCUGGUGGUGCUGAUGUGACGCUAAAAAAUGCAACUAACACUCCUGCAGAGAAUGAUAAUUGAAAACUCAUUGGACCUUUGUUGCGCUGAAGUGAUGAUGUAAGUAAUUUUCUUUUGUUUUAACAUAACUGUAUUACUAUAUCCACAAGUAAUUCUCUA